AUGGACUUCAUCACUGGACUACCUAGAGUGCAAGGGCGAGAUUGUAUAUAUGUUGUGGUAGACCGCUUGACAAAGUUUGCCCAUUUCUUCACUAUACCAUCUACUUACACAACAACGCAGGUGGUAGACCUCUUUUACAAGGAGAUAUUCAGAUUGCAUGGGUUGCCCAGGUUUAUAGUGAGUGAUCGGGAUAGUAGAUUUUUGAGUGCUUUUUGGCAGGAGCUCUUCCGGUUGUGUGGUACAGAGCUCACACCCAGCACUAACUAUCAUCCACAGACAGAUGGUCAGACAGAGAUUGUGAAUAAGUGGGUUGAGGGUUAUUUGCGAAAUUAUGUGACUGCACAACAGAGGGCCUGGGUGAGAUGGGUGGAGCAUAGUUUUGAGGUUGGUGACAUGGUGUAUUUGAGGUUACAACCAUAUAGACAGUCAUCGCUCAAGAAGAGCGGAGCAGAGAAGUUGAGACCCCGGUUUUAUGGCCCCUAUAGAGUCAUUCGCAGGGUAGGUGAGGUUGCCUACAAGAUAAAGCUUCUAGAGGGUAGCUGUGUGCACAAUGUGUUCCAUUUGUCGAGGCUUAAGAAAGCCAUUGGUCAGGGUGUGGUGCCUUCAGCAGAUUUACCUCCGUUAGACGAGGAAGGGAGACUAGUGCUGAUCCCUACGACUAUUCUGGAUGUCAGGGAAAGGACACUCAGGAAUAGAAUGGUAAAGGAAUACUUGGUGAAAUGGAGAGACCUGCCAAAUGAAGAUUCUACAUGGGAGAAUGAGCAGAUACGGAUUUCUUAA